AUGGACGAUUUGACUCCUCUACGAGACCUGAUUCGGUCUCACCCACUAAUCGACAACCAUGCCCACAAUCUUCUAAACCGCGAGUCGGCCACCGACCACGAGAAUUACCCAUUAGAGGUCAUCACCACCUCAGCACACGGUCGCGCCCUAGAAAAUGCCAACACCACCCUCCCCUCGCUGCGAGCGAUAACCCAGCUCUCCGAGCUCUACGGCAACCCUUGCGCAAAUUGGACUGAUGUGAAAUCCACCCAUGAUCAAAACGUGCGCGAAGACUACAACGGCCUCAUCCGAAAAUCCUUAGAAGGCACGCACGCACUACUACUCGACGACUACCUCAGCGACGACGAAGACAUUGAACCUUCCAGCUGGCACGAUAGUUUUACCGCCUCAGCGACAAAGCGCAUCGUGCAGGUCGAAGCCCUAGCAGAAUCUACAGUCCUGGAUGUAUCGAACGCGCGCAAAAACGGCGAGUCAGUUUGGAACAAUUUCCGACAGCGGUUCCAGGACGCUCUCGGUGUGGCUUUGGACGAUCCCAACAUCGUGGCCUUCAAAUCGGAAAUCUGCUGUCGAACUGGAUUGGACGUCGAUGCGUAUUCCUCCGAUGAUACAACUCUGGGCGGGUCAUUGAUUCGCAUCCUCGAUUCUGGAACCACCAGAUCCGGCUUCGAGGUCGAUGAUAAGGGCAUCUGCGACUGGAUAGUUCAGCAGACGCUGAAAGCAAUCACGUUCAAAAAGAAGGCCGGUGUUGCAAAGCCUUUGUUGUUUCACAGAGGCCUCGGAGAUAAACGGGUUAAUCUUUUGCGGGCCAACCCUGCUUGUCUGCAGCCUUUAAUCGCACAGUAUGCCGAUGCGGAUAUCGUGCUGUUGCAUGCUGGAUAUCCUUACACGCGCGAAGCGGGUUAUCUGGCUUCUGUCUAUCCCAAUGUCUAUGUUGAUUUCGGCAAGGUCUUUCCCAUGGUUAGCCGAGAGGCGCAGGUGAAGGUAUUGAGAGAAGGUUUGGAGCUUGCGCCUACCAAUCGUCUGCUCUGGAGUACCGAUGGCCGGUUGCACCCGGAGACGUUCUGGCUGGCUAAUCGGCAGUUCCGGCAGGCUUUCGAGACGGUGCUUGUGGAUUACGUUCAAAAUGGCGACUUCACAACGUCCCAGGCCAUGAAGAUAGCCGCUGAUGUUCUGUUCAAUAACUCCAAUCGCCUUUACAGCCUCAACUUGACGUCAUCCUACACACCUGCAGAGUAA